AUGGGGAAGCUACCAGCCCACAGCUGUCUCGUAACUCCGCAGAAUUUCCUGGAUCCAGCAGUUGGAAAAGCUGAUUUUAAUUUUCUGUAAGUAGAUCAGGGAUGUCGUGGUUAGUUCUCAUUAUCAGGCACAUGCCAUGGCCGCUCUGCAAGUUCCUGGGUCCUUCUGACCUCUGCUGCUACUGUGAUUGGCUGUUCCUUUCCUCUUUCAGAUUCAGCAAGGAGGCGUAGUGACCUCCACAUGCCUUGCUCCUUUCCCCCAGAAGGGAUUGGGUCCAAAGGGAGGGGCAACUAAACGGCCAGAGGCAGCAGCGGACAAGGAGAAAAUGGGCGUUCUUGAGAAAGGGAGACCCACAGGUAGUCCCCCCAAGGUUUUGUUAAAAUAUUGGAACAGGCAUUAAAAACUGGAUCCCCAGUAGACAAAAGCAGUUCAGUUUAAAUAUUUGAUUUGGAGGAGGAGCGGGGUGCAGGGAGGGAAUCAAUGAAACGCACUUAAGAUGAAACCCUGUAUCGGUUUACCUGGGAAUAAACCAGGUAGGCAUGUAUCUGACUGCACUGCUAAUAUGGUUUAAAUGUUAUAUUCAAGCAAAUCCAAUGUUUUGGGGUUGUAUCCAACCGAGGUCCUACUCAGAGCAGACCCUGUGACAUGAAUGGGCCUAUGUUAGGCAUGACCAUUAACUUCACUAGGUCUACUCUGAGUAGGACCAGCAUUGGAUGCAGCCCUUGUAAAUUAUUUUUAUUGGAAUGCGUGUAGAUAUUAAGACGUUUCAGCUCAAUAGCGUACACUUACCUGGACAUUAUUUAGAUUUUUAAGUGGCUUGUGUGAGCAAAUAAAGGCACUUGGAAACUGUUAACAUACUAAUUGGAGCAUGUCUGAAGAACUGUAUGCUUCCUAAGAGUAGUCACCUGGAAAAUGAUAAUACUUUAAACUUUGAUUUUAGAUUUAUCUAGUAUUCAAUACAUUCCUGCUGCCCAAUUUGAUUUGUAUUUCUUUAAUUCAUUAUUUCACUAAUAUUUAUUAUUAAAAGAAGGCAUACCCAAUAUUGGAAUGUUUCCCACAGAAAAAUAUGCUGUAUUUACUCGAAUCUAAAGUUCACCUUUUUUGGCCAAAUUACAUUGCGAAAAUUAAGGUGCACAUUAGAUUCGAUGGCACAUUUACAUUCACCAGCAAAUACUUUUUGGGGGUUUCAAGGUUCUGAAAAUUGAGGUGCACAUUAGAUUCAAUGGCACUUAGACUCAAGUAAAUAUGGUACUAUUUGGGAAACACCAGCAGAAAAUUUUAGCACUGCACCUCACCAAUUAGAGGCAGCCUCCACUACCUCCUGUGUUGGAAAGUGGUUCAGGUGUUCCCAAUACAGACCCAAUUAAAAUGACCUUCUCCUACAGGCAGGUGGUUCUAUAACGGGCUCCUAUGGACACAUACAGAAGGUUAGUCUCUGUUAAAUGACUGAUAGGCCUUCUUCCAAAUGUAUAUAUUUUGGGGUGUGAGUUGAGAGUCAGUGUGGUAUAGUGGCUAGUGUUGGAUUAGGACCAGCGGGUAGCUAGGAUUCAGAUUCACACUAGGUCAUAAACCUCCCUGAGUCACCUUGGGCCAGCCAGCAUCUCUCAGCCUAAUCUACCUCACAGGGUAGUUGUGAGGAUAAGGAGGGAAAUGUUUAUUUGAGCAGCUGGGAGGAAAGAUGGGAUAUAAAAGUAGGAUACUUGUGUAAGUAGGGCUUCCAAUUUUAAUCCAGGAGGUGGAAUUCCUCCCCACCCCAUCCCAAGUUUGGGAAACUUCAGUAGCAGCAUAAAAUCUUCCAGACCAUGUAUCAUAAAUUAAAUGUUUUCUAGGAGUGGCUCUCUUCAAAGUGGAAGAUGUCGGCAAUUUUCCCUUUAUUCCCCACCCCCACACUCUUGAUUGUGCAGUGCAGCUGUUUUCCUAGCUAAGAGCAGAACAAGAUCUCAAAAAAGCUCUUUUUUGUCUGAAGCCCGCAGGCAGCCUGCCUCUCACUUUUCCCCAAGAAAUUGCAAAACCCUUGCAUUUGCCUCAGUUUGAGUGUAGGAGUCCCAGCCGGUGCCAAAAGGACGGCUGUGCCAAGGAAGGCGUUGAGGAGCGCCUCUCAGGGUGCUAGCUAGGGCACUGUGCACCUUUAAGGUGUGGCUGGGAGCCACCCUGCUGUAUAUGAGCUUCUGCGUCCCUGUACUUGUCUCUUGGCUCAGGCAGAUUGCUGACAUGAAACAGAAGUGAAAGAUUCCUAGCAAAAACAAAGGAGCAGGGAGAAAAUGUUUCUAUAUGGUGUAAUUCUCUCCCACACACCCAUCCAAAUUUCAGAGAAGAGCCAGAAACGUGGAAGUGUUAGGGCAUUGAUGGAGGACUGAGUUGCAGUGACUACAUUGGAGAAAUGUAUGGUGCCAGGUUAAUUUUAAGGCUCGGAUUUCCUCCCCUAACACCCCCCCUCCCCGCACUUUCCAAAAUGAUAGCUUAUAAUUAGUGGUGCAAUGUUUAAUUGAUUUGCAGAGGAAUCCUGUGCAGGUUUAUUCAGAAGCAAGACCCACAGAAUGUGGUUAGACUUCCACAUAAAUGUGCAAAGGACUGUGGUCUUAAUCAGUAAGGUUCAUUAAUUUCCCUCCAAAAAGUCUCUUUUAAUCAACUAAAAAAGUGCCUCUAAUUAUAAGGUACUUAAGAUGGUGCUAGCCAGCUUAUUUUCUUAAGAGGCAUUCCCCUUUCUUUCUCUUACAAUGGCCUUUGUCAACAUGGUGUCCUCCAGAUACUUUGGAACAGGCAGAGGCAUACUCGGCCCUCCAGAUGUUUUGGGACUACAACUCCCAUCAUCCCUAGCUAACAGGACCAGUGGUCAGGGAUGAUGGGAGUUGUAGUCCUAAAACAUCUGGAGGGCUGAGUUUGCCUAUGCCUGCUUUGGAAUGAAAUCCCCAUCAGCCUCAGCCACCGUGCUGCCUGGGGCUGAUGGGAGGAGUUGUCCAAAUCAUCUGGAGAGCACGGUGUUGGAGAACGGUAUCAUGCAGAAAGUGGUGCCUCCUCUAAGUCCACUCAUAUUUUUCUGUGUCACAUGAUUGAAUCCUUCUGAAAAUGGAAAGACUGUUGGUGUCUUCACCUAUUGGGUUUUGCUCUUAAACCCAAAUUUGUUAAUUGGCUACUUAUCUAAUAUUAAUCUAAUUAAUCAACUGAUGUAUUUUUUAAUUGGCUGACAGCCCUAGGCAGAAUUAAGAUUUGAUCUACCCUAUGUCCAGUGCCGGAUUUACAUAUAAGCUAAGCAAGCUAUAGCUUAGGGCCCCACUCUCUUGGGGCCCCCCAAAAAAAUUAAAGGGAAAAAACUGGAUUUACAUUUCCAAAAUAUAAGAUAAAAAACAAAUAAAAUGGCUUUAGAUACCUCUUAGUUCCAUAAAUUACCAUAUAGCAUAUAUUCAACACAAAAAACAGCAACAAUUUGUUGCUGACAAAGCACAGCUGGACAUAUAAAGGGCCCCAUUACCUUCAGUAGCUUAGGGCCUCAUCAAACCUACCGUAUUUUUCGCUCUAUAGUACGCACUUUUUCCCCUCCAAAAAUGAAGGGGAAAUGUGUGUGCGUCCUAUGGAGCAAAUGCAGGCUUCAGGAAACUAUCUGCAAGCCUUCGGAGCAUGGCAGGAGUUCCCAUCGGGCUCCGAAGGCUUGCGGAUAGCAGCCUGCAGCCCAAACCCCGGGCUUUGGGCAGCUAUCUGCAAGCCUUCGGAGCGCGGCUGGAGUUCCCGCCGGGCUCCCAAGGCUUGCGGAUAGCAGCAAGCUCCGGGAGCGAAGGCGAGAUUGCGUGCAACCUCGCCCCUGCUCCCAGACCCAUUCUGGGGGCUGGGGUCAGGGGAAGCUCAGGCUUCCCCCGCCCCAGCCCCGCGGCUAAAAAGGAAGCCAAGACAGCGAGCGGGAUCUACAUAUGUAUUUAUUUACGUAGUACUUUUUGUCUGUAUAAUUCUAAGCACCAUAUCAUGGGUUCCCUGGUGGUUUCCCAUCUGGGCAUCUCAGGAGACCUGCCAAGUCUCCCUAUUUUCCAGGGACAGCCCCAGAUUUACAGAAGCCAUUGUGACACCUCCCUCUGCUGGCUCACUGGUCACCAAAGUACUAAGAGGCCUGGUGAGCUCCUAUGGUUGGAUCAUGUUGCAUUUGUUACAGGAAGAAGAUAGACGUGUAAGUAGGAUUUCUCUCAGCAUCUGUAUUCUGUGAUGAUAGUGAUUUCCUCUUGAGCUUAGAGGCAUUAGAGAGUACUAACUAUGAGUCCCAUUUCUAGACUUUCAAGGCUGAGAAAAGUCUUUUCCCGUCUGGGAAGAAAAAAUAAAAUUUCUCCUCUCCCAGCACCUCCCCCUCGCCCACCACCUCUCUCUCCGUCUCACCCUCCAGACCCCUCUUUCAGAAGACUGCAAAGGUAAAACCCUUCAGUGUAUAGAUGUUGCUUCCAGAGAAAUAGCAGUCCCUAAGGAUUCUUAGGAAAGGUCUCUCUGUAACUGUUUGAGGCCUAUUUCGAGGUUCAGAAAAUAAACAUAUCCCAUGUGGCUCUUUGUUUCCCCUGUACGCUCUGCAGACCUCCUGCCAUCCUGACCUGGAGGAAGAUGGCAGGAGGAAGAAAUGCCAAGGAAAACAUGAAGGUAAUGUCUAUUUCCAAUGAUAUGUUUAGGGUAUACUUUAUAAGAAAGUCCCUAAAACAGUUAUAAUUGCUAACCUUCUCUUCUUUUCCAUUUAAAUGACAUAAUAUUUGAAGGCCUGGAGGGAGAGCAGGGGAAGGGCAGCUUUUAUACUGACUCCAUGAACCACAGAACCUGAGCACGGAGUUUGCCAUCACACUCUACCAAUGCUGGCCAGAGCUCAACCAUGGAACGAACCUCGCCAUUUCCCCAAUGAGCGUGUCUCUCUCUUUGGGGCUUCUGCAGUUUGGGGCUCAAGGGAGCACACUGGCCCAACUGCAGCAUGCUCUGGAAUACAGCACGCAUGGUAAGGCAACCUUCUGAGAAACAGCUUUUCUGUGAGCAGUGCAUGCUGUCAUGAACUUCACCUUACAGUUUGGACUGUCCUUCCUCCAAGACAGCCACCCUCCUGGGGCACUAGGGCUGCCCAGGUCAUGGUGGGCUCCGAAGAGCGGGGAGGAGUGAAGAAGCGCCAGCGCUGCCAUGGGGGACCAAGGGGCGGAGAGAGCCCAUCUGGAUUUUUUGUGCCGCAGCGGCAGCUGCUUUGAUAACCAGGAGCCGGCCUGGCCUGACCACGCAUCCUAUUCAGGACUUUUUUAGAGCAUGAUGUUUUUGCCAAGAAGAGAGAAAACCUGUGCAGACUUUGAAGUAUUAAUGGAUGUCUGUCCAGUGGUACCAUCCACGCAAAAGAUCAUGUGAGCUCCCGUUGCUCGGUCCCAGCUCCUGCCAACCUAGCAGUUUGAAAGCACAUCAAAGUGCAGGUAGAUAAAUAGGUACCACACUGGCAGGAAGGUAAACGGCUUUUCCAUGUGCUGCUCUGGUUUCGCCAGAAGUGGCUUAGUCAUGCUGGCUGCAUGACCCAGAAAAACUGUCAGUGGACAAACGUUGGCUCCCUCUGCCAGUAAAGCGAGAUGAGUGCCGCAACCCCAGUCGUCUGCGACUGGACCCAAUGGUCAGGGGUCCCUUUACUUUUACCAUGAUGAAACAAGAGGCUGACCCAUCAACCUUUGAGGGCGGAGGAGUCUAAAGCUGGGUAGGGGUUGCUCCCGAAAGCCACCAUAUGCAUUCCCAGAAGACCAUGUGGUGGGACUAACACUACAUUAUGACAUAGGCAUUGCUUAUAUGGGAACUUUGAGAAAGGAAAAUAAUAGCCACUGGGAGUAGCUCUGGCACAGCAGCAGUGAAUUUUGUGCCUCCCCACAAAACUGGCCCAAAUCCACCCCCUUCAUAUUUGUAGUUUGCGAAUGGGGCUGUGAAAUGUCAUUAAACACGAUUCAUUUGUCAUUCUUCGUUAGCAUCUCUCCUCAGCAUGGUGCCCUCUAGCAGUUGUUGAGACUCCAGUUCCCAUCCCUGCUGACUAUUGGUGAGGGUACCAACCACCUUGCUGCAGCUAAGAAAACCUGAGUCUGGAUGGGUGGCCACCUGGGAACCACACGUCCGCCACCAUGGGUUCCACGGUGUGAGAAAGGCAGGGUACAAAUGUAACAAUACAUAACACCCUUUGGUCACAGGUUCCUCCAUCCCUUGUUUAGCAUUGCAUAUGAGCUAUCUAGUCCUUAGCAAGCAACUAAACGGGGGAGGGAAAAGCAAUCAACUAAACUGGAUAGAGUCGUGCUUGUACUUUUUUCCUGUUAUAAACUUGGAAGCUGAAAAUGUAGAAUAUAAUAAUGAAGGCCUCUGCAGGCUUUAUAAGCCUCAGGCCUGCCCACCAGCAGCUACAACUUGCAGUCUUCACCAGGCAGCAAAGCCCAGACCCUCCAAGUGUCCCUAUUUUCCAGGGACGUCCCUGAUUUAGAGAAACCGUCCCGGUUUCUGAUUUGAUCCCGGAAUGUCCCAUUUUUCCUUAAAAGUUAAAGGGACCCCUGACCAUUAGGUCCAGUCGUGACCGACUCUGCAGUUGCGGCGCUCAUCUUGCUUUAUUGGCCGAGGGAGCCAGCAUACAGCUUCCGGGUCAUGUGGCCAGCAUGACUAAGCCGCUUCUGGCGAACCAGAGCAGCGCAUGGAAACGCUGUUUACCUUCCCGCCGGAGCAGUACCUAUUUAUCUACUUGCACUUUGACGUGCUUUCGAACUGCUAGGUUGGCAGGAGCAGUGUCCGUGCAACGGGAGUUCACCCCGUCGCAGGGAUUCGAACCGUCGACCUUCUGAUUGGCAAGUCCUAGGCUCUGUGGUUUAACCCACAGCGCCACCCGCGUCCCAUUUUUCCUUAGGAUGUCCCUAUUUUCAUUGGAGAAAUAUUGGAGGGUAUGGAAUUAUACAACCCCCUAGUCGUCUGGAGGCAAUCUUGUAUAGGGAAGGUUUUUUUUUAAAAAAAAUUAAAAUGUUUUAUUAGGUUUUUAUGUAUGCUGGAAGCUGCCCAGAGUAGCUGGGGCAACCCAAUAAGAUGUGUGGGGUAUAAAGAAUAAAAUUAUCAUUAUGGAAUGGGAUGUCCCUAUUUUCAUUGGAUAAAUGUUAGAGGGUAUGCUGAGCCCCUUUCAACUGUGAAACAACACAAAGGUCAACUUGCAUUGGUUAAGACCCUUUCUCGCCUCCUGCACAGCUCCCGAGGUGUGUGGCGCACCAUGCAACCACUGUGAAGCAGGGCCCAGGCUCUUGGCGAGACCAGUUCCAGCCUGCAGGCUGUGCGUUAAUUUGUUGAAUUUGCCUUUUCUCUCAUAAAUUAGUCACUCUUUUAUUGAAGAGAAGUGGAGCCCUACAAAGAGAACUGAGCAAGUCCCAACGGGAGCCCUGCAAGCUGCGGAUUGUUUGUGUGUGGGGGUUUGUGCACAUCUUUUCUGCUCAGAAAGCAUUAAUGUAAAAUUUUUGCAUCCGCUAUAGGCAUGGCUCCAGCAAGAACAAAACUCUGUGCUGCUCCGAGGUUGGAUUAGGAGUGUGCUCAGAUAAUGACAUCUGAAGAACAAGAUGGCUGGGAGCGGCAGCAGAGUAACUGGGUGGGGGGGGGUGUCUUUGAAAGAGAGAAGAGCCAUAAUCCCACUUUGAUACCAAGGGGGGGGGGGAAUGCUUGCAAAGGCAGCAGACUCAGUUUGGCACAGAUUAUGCCACUGAUUCCAGAUCCUUUUGGCAGUGCAGAGAGGCCAGCAGAUUCUGCUCUUUCUAUAGGUAGCAAGGGUUGAUUUGGCCAGAGAUGUGGUGUGCAUUUUAAGCACUCAGGAGGAGAGUAAUGUGUAGUGUUUCUAGGAGCAUAUGGCACAUUCUAAGAGAAAAACAUAGCUUACGUAAUGUGUUCCUGUCUCCCCAGCCUAUUUUAAAAUAUAGGCAUUACCUACGGUUUGGGCAUGAUGCCAGACCACGGUUUGGUGUUCUUUGAGUAAGCUUUGGACAUAUGCACCCCAUCUUCCUUUUUGAUACCCCUAAUUCUGACACUGCUGUCAAGCCAUAGUUUUUCAAUGCAUCCAAAUAGUGUACAAACAAAAAUUUGCUUGCAAACUAGAAUUGGACAUUGUGGCACUUUCCACAACCACAGUUUCCAGGUCUGGUUUGCUGCAAACAUACUAGGUGUUGCAGGGUUUUUGCCUCAUUUGUGAACACCUUGGAAGUCGCGGAAGGGGUUGGAAUGCAGGAAGGGAAGGAGAGUGUGAGCCUGAAGCUUGUUUAUGUAUUGAUAAACCAUGGUUUGACAUUAUGUUUGAACUGAUCCAUGAUGAAAAGUUGGGCUUCUAUUUCAGUACCUGGGGAUGAAUUCUUAGCAAAGGUUAAAGGCCUGCUGCUGGCUGGAUAUAGUGUAGAUUAAAUUACACCCCCCCCCAAAAAAAGCACCAUUGUGUAUUUUAAGUUAGUACUGGUGUUGUUUUCUUAUACCUUAAUAAUAACCAAAGCUUUGUUACCAACCCAGGAGUUUGUGUUUCUAACAGAAAGAGGAACUGUACCUGUGUCACUUAUAUUUCUUAAGAGGUUGGGCUAGAUGACCCUCAAGGUCCCUUCCAACUCUGCAAUUCUAUUAUUCUUUCCCUCACCAUUGGCUGUGGUGGCUGAGGCUGAUGGGACUUGGGAGUCUAACCUCAUCCCCACACAUUGACUGCAAACUAUUAGGAGGGCUAAGCUUACUAAUGAACAACUCUCAAAGGCCUGUUCCAACUAGGUUUGGUCUCCCUCUCUCCUAUGCCAGAAACUCUGGGCCAUCUAAUCAAAUUGAUCAGUAGUAUAUUCAGAACAGACAGAAUGAUAUAGUUGUUCACAAAGAACAUUGUUAAUUUGUGAAAUAUGCUGCCACCAGGUCUGUUGCUAGAUGAUUAGAAGAUUGAAAUUUGCAUAUGCUAAUUUAUAUGAACAGAUGCAAAUUUAGGCCAGCUUUCAGAAAGAGGUUGUAUCGAAUGCUAGCCCUACUAAAGAGUUGACUCAUUGAAACUAAGACACUAAAAACUUAAGCCCACUAAUUUUUAUGGAUCUAGUCUGAGUAGGACUUAGUUGGAUACCACCCAAAGUAUCCUGUAAGGAACGUGUGAGGGGUGGGGUGGAGGGUAAGCAACAGGACCCCUGGUUCCAAGAUCUGUAUUUAUGAAUGUUGUUAGCCACUUUGAGGACUAUAGUUGAAAGGCAGAAUAUAAAUCACUUAAAGAAAUAAUGAAUAAGGUGUGUGUCUGUGUCCGCUAGCUUAUAUGGCUUUAAAAAGAAAUGAGACCAUUUCCUGAAGGGUGAUGUCAGCAGGUAUUGCCUGCAAGAACUAAACAGACCAUUCUGCUUCAGACCAGCUCUUGCCUUCAUGACCUGUGUGUGCUUCCUGGAGAUGUCUGAUUGGCCACUGUGGGGAAUAAGAUAUUGCACUAGAUGGGCCUUUUGGUCUGAACCAGCAGAGCUCUUCUUAUGUCCUGUCUUCUUCUUGUUUAGGAGUCAGCAUGCAGAGUUUGUGGCUGCCCAGAACUUGGAAGCACUGCAUCGUCAUGGAUCUUGCUUCUCUCCAACCCAGAUUUCAACAAAGAGGGUGAAGGUGGCUAAGCCUUUGCAUAAGAGGCUCAAUCAUAAAAGUUAGCCCCUCACAUUCCAGUGCUCAGUUCACCUGACCCACCCCUUAGAUCAUGGGAAGGUAGGUUUGUGUGUUGGUCAAUUUUGCUGCUGUCAUACUUUGCCAAGGUAUACACAAAAUUGGGCUGUGUUUCAUAUGUUUUAUUCCAUUUGUGUACUACUAGUAAGUUGGGAUCAGCUUACAAUGGGUCACACCAGUGGCACUAGAAUGUACAUUUUUAUGCUUUUAAAGAAAAGGCAGGAAGAAGAGAGUAAGAUAGAGCUAUACUAGGUGUGUGUGUGUGUGAUGACUUAACAACUGUCAUGAUUUACUCUCCCAAUGAAUCCUGAGAAUUUUUUCAGUGUGGGUGCAAAGAGCUGCCUGCCAGAGAUUUUGGCACCCCUGGAACCCUAUCAUUGGCUAAGGAGAAAGAUCACUUAUAACCAGUCUGUCAGCAGUGUCGAUACAUCCUAAGAAACAGGAACACAUCUCAUAAAUUAAAACAAAGAUCCCUUGUUGUGUUUAAAAGUGGGCCUAGAGGUGGAACAGCACUGUUAUGUGUAACUCAUUGGAUGAUUUUGGAGUAGGGGCACAGUAGUUUCUGGGGAAAUGGAGAAUUAGAACAUUGGGGCCCAGUGCCACCAGGGAAGCAGGCUGAAACUGAUCCUGGGCUCAUUUGAGGAGUCGCUGGUAGGCCCAUGAUCUCCCAUGUGCUUUUGGCGUUAAUUAAGAAUCAAUAUAUACACAGAAGCUGCUCAUACUUUUGUCUUCAUGGGUGAAGGUGACAAAGGCAUUUAUCUAUCAGGCCGCAGUGAAACUUCAUUUGAAUCCAAGCUUGGUUAUGACCAGAAAGUCCUGUUCCCAGCCUCCGUUCCUCUGCCUGCAAAAUGUGGGAUUACUGAGCUCCAGGCAGAGUGCAUGGUCUCUUUCUUUUAUCUUAAUAAUCUUCUGAAUUAGGUGAGCCUAAGUGGGAGGCAGACUUCUGCAAGGUCAUCUAGUGAAUUCCAUGGCUGAGUAGUGAUUUGAACUCAGUGUGACACGUUAUUCACAACACACAGUACAUUUAGCCAUUCUACACACCAACCUCAAAGUAAUUUGCAAGUCUUUUUUUAAAAAAUAAAUUUGACUAUUGUUUAGAUCAGUGUGGUCCUAUAGGCCUCUUUACCUUGUCCCUUAGGACUCUCCCUAGCCACAUCGCUCACUGACCCUGCUUUGUGCCCUCUUUUGAGUGGUUGGUGGUUUUUGAUUUUUUGGCUCACUGGAAUGUGUCCUUAACUCUUAUAAUGCCUCUUGGUUGUCUGGAUGGAGGAUAGAGAGGGGUGCCUCAGUAUGUGUGAAACUAACUUAUGGUACAAAGGCAAAAUCCACAUGUGCUGUGUUCCUCACUUUUGCCUCUGGCCCCAGCUACCCUGGCAUGUGGCCCUUGGAAGGUUGCCCAGAAAGGCAGAAGUUGUCCUUGAACUGAAAAUGGUUCCCCAUUCCCGGUUUAGAUGAUGGUUGCAUCACCGGGCAUUUAACCAAAGGAGCUAGAUAGCCCUUAAUGGUAUGGAUAUCUCUUUAGGCUUUGGAAUGCCACACCUCGUAUCUGUACAUUUUGUAACUCUUUUUGAGCUGCUAUGCAUAUCUGACCUGCAAGGGCAGUGUUACAGCCCCAAGAGUUCUUCUUCGGCUCAGUUUUUAGAUGUUUGUGUUGCAGGGUGGGAGGGAGGGACAUAGGGGUUGAGCUCAGACUCCAUUGUGUUUCUAGUGUCGUCAUCAGGAGAAUUGUGGGGUCUGUUAGUCUGGGGUUUAAUGAAGCUAUUUUUUUCUGCAUAUGGGGAGUAUAAUUUGGUUUUCCAGACCCCAAUGACAGGCCUAACCUGGGCAGCUGGUAGCUUUCUACAAUGCCAGUAAUUACCUCAGCUUUGCUCUUGGAGCAGAGAGAUGAAACAUGUCUGAGCUCAAGAAGUGCUAUUAACUAAAUAUGUAAAAUAAAUAAUUAAAAAGUAGGACUGUUAAAGAUGCUAGUUAAAAGUCAGUGCAAUGCUACAAAUCAACAGAAAGCUGUGAUUGGUUGGCUUUUUGUUUGUUUGGUUUUUUCCAGUUUUUAUUGAGUGAAAAUGUCAAACCUUGCAUCAGUCAUGCAAAAAAAAAAAUCAAAUAAAUAAAACACAUAUAUUAAAUUUCUAAUAGCACUAAAUUCAAGUGGAAAAAUAUUCAGUUCUUAAUAACGUAGGUGCUGAGAAGACCAAAUUCAAGUAAAAUCAGAGCACACCGUCCUGUUAGGAUUUUUUUUUCACUUUCUGCAUUAUUAUUUUUUGUCUCAAAACCUAUAUAUAGCUAUAUAUCUAUAUAUAUAGGUAUAUACAUAUAGAUAUAUACACACACAUAUAUAUAUAUAUGUGCAUACAUAUUAUAUUUAUAUUUAUAUAUAUACACAUACAUAUUUAUAAAACAUUAAAAAGAGCAUUGGUAGUUCAAGCAUCACUUCUUCUUUUUCUCCCUCCCCACCCCUCCCACACAGAAAGAAAUAAAAUAAAAUAAAAACAACAACAAAAGAAAGUACACAUUUUAAAAUUCAAAAUGAGCUAGCAAUGGCUUAUAGUCCUAGUGUGCAAUAUGGAUUUUACAAAAGGCUAGAAUUUCUCCCUCAUAUUUUUGUCUUCCUGUUCUUCUGUGUGUGUAUGUUUUUGUGUGUGUUUUCCUUUUAAAAUCUAGGGCCAUUAAAAAACAAACACCAUUUCUUUGUCUAUAUUGAAAUACAGUUCUCUUUCAAUACAGGUGAACUUUAUAAUAAUUUAUGUAUUUAUUUGGUGGCUAGGUUCCUCCCCCCCCCCCCUUUUCAACGACAAAGCAGUAAUGAAAGGAUCUACACUUAGGGCUUCAGAGGUUUGGUUUUUAAAACUCACUCUCUUGUUCUUUACACAUCCCCCCCAAACACAUGGUCCCCCUAAAGCCACCAAGUUCUAUAUUCCGCUGGCUCCAUUUCAGCAAUAGUUGUCAAAGCAUAAUAUGCCUUUUAAAUCUAUGGCCACCAGCUGUCCUGGAGAGGCGCAAACUGGCUGCCUAAACAUCUUCUCCACACAUCAUCAGCACCACCAUCACUUAUGCUUGGGACUCAGCUACUAAAUUUCCAUGGGAUACAGGACAUGAAUGUGAGCCUGCCUGGGGGCAGCGGGAACAGGUGAGUUCCCCCCUCCUGCACAGAGGAUGCAUUUACCACCCCUAUACUUUCAGCCAUGCUAAAUUUUACCAUGUCCAAAUUUGCCUACUGUGAGUGGGAUGAGAGGACACAGAAUCAGGAAAGGUUAUGUUGUGUGGGGGGAAAGGUUGAAUAAUCUUGCUUUGUUGCUAACUGGUGGCCUCUCCUGCUCUGUAAAAUGACACGCUUAGGUCCAUCCAAAGGUUUAUGCUUGCUCUGAACUUUUAAGCUCAUUCUUAAAUGUCCUCCUCUUAACACCUGGGGACACUGAAGUGCUUCUUUCUGAAUCAGGAUGUCCAUCAGGAUGCAGUUGAUAAACAUUUAACAUAUAUAUAAAUAUAAAGACCUGUUUUUUCAUUCUUUUUGUUUUAGGCAGAGAAGGAGGGGGAGAAGGUUGUGAAACUGGGGAAGUAUAGAGGGACCAGUCAUUAGGUGUUAAAACUAGUUCAACUUGGCAGACUUUUUGUUGGAACUGAAGGUGGUCGAAACAAUGGGAAAACUGGUUACUGGGUGAUUCUCAGUGGGGAAAUAAGAAUUCCAGUCAGAUCCUAACAGUUACAUAGGAAGAAGUGCAUAACUUGCUAAUGUAAACUGUACCUGUUCUGCAAAUUCUUCUCUUCCCACCCCUUCCUUUCUUGCCCACUAGUAACCACUGGCCAACACCAAUGGACCAGAAACCCAGGGGAGGCCAUCUUACUACUCUGCAACCACCAGAGGGUCGUAACUGCCUGCUUGUAUUAAAAAAGACCCCAAAAUGUAUAGAAACAUAAAAAAGGGCUUAUCCAUUGCCUCUCACCCUGCAGUGCAUCACAGAUUUCCAAAACCUUGUCUGCAAGCAAGAGUUUUCUGUAGCACCUUUUAGCGAGACACCUAAGUGGUGAGAACAGGAGGGGGAUAAGAAUGUGCUGAGAGUUUGCCCAAACUUCUUAAACAUAAAUACCUCACUACCAUGUUUACCAAACUCAAGUCCUUUCAAGAGACUGAGAGGACAGGGAAGAGUAAGACCUCAUUGUGCCUAUUCUCUUAGGUAAUUUUGAUGUGCGUCUGUUGAUGUGACCUAUGGUCACGCUAUGAGACCAUAACCUGCCCCAUCCUGGAAUUUAAAAAAGCAGAGGAGGCAGCGGUGUGGAGACUUGCUACCAUCUAAUUAGAUGUUCCAAGGAGCACCUUUGCCAAGUCAAAACUACCAGGAAAAGGUAGGCUCUUGGUGAGGUUUCUUUUUUAGAAAAAAAAAUAUUUAUAACCUGACUGCCCAUACAUUUGAAAUGGCUAAUAAUUAAUUACAUUUGUUUUAUAAAAAUCCAGAAACUGUCAUGAAUGAGGUUCAAGCUUUUUCUUUUAAAGCUGUGGGAAGAGUCAUAGGAGGCUGAGAUGGUUCUUGAAGAAACAAUUGUCCCCAACCUCCCACAAUAAAAUUAAGAACAAAUAAAAAAACACCCUAUGCAUAUUACUACAAAUCAAAUUGGAGUGUGUCUGUGGAUAAGAGAGAGUGGUGUGUCUGUGGAUAAGAGAGAGUGCAUGAAGUGUGUUUCAUUAAAUGACAGGGCUUUUUUGUGUCUCUUUUAAAAUGUCUGCCUGGCUGAAAUUCAAAUUCAGAAUCACUUGAUACUCUAUACUGAGAGUAGGAAAAUGAUGGUAGGGAAGACCCCCUUUCUGUAGCUUUUGCCCCCCCCAACAAGUUUUUUGACUAGCUGGAGGUGGUGGGAAUUAGUGUCCACACUUGUGUGUGAAGGAGAUAAUUGUUGGUGAGCAACCAAAUAGGAUGUUGAAGGGUCUGUUCCUCAGGGUAGCAUUCUUCACUGGAUACUCACAGAGUAUUAUCUUGGUAUGUCUCCUUUCUCUCUGUUCUAUAUAUUCUAUAUAUCUCUAUAUCUAUUCGUAACCUUUACAGGGGCAAAAAUACUGUACAGCUAUCUUUUUUUCCUGGACAUAUCCUUUAUCCUUUUCUUUGCCACUCUUUUAGCUUUCCUCCUCCUUUCCCUUACUGUUAAUAUUUUAAGAAAGUUUAAAAAGUGUCCGUGGACCACAUUCUUACUGAACUGUCAAGUUGUUUUGGGUGUGAUUGUUUGAGAGGGAUAUUCAAAAACUAAGACUAAUAAAGCUCUCAGCCUUUUUUUGCACUAAAAUGGCAUGUCUGUUAGACACGAGGGUUGUUGUGUGUGGCUGGUUUCAUUAGCUUUUAAUGACUCAAAACCACCAAAUGCAUUGGAAGCAAAGGACCUAUGGAGAUCUGCAGAGCCAUUUUGGGUGCCUGUUUCCUUCUUUGUUUUUGUUUUUUAAUGUCCUCCCCCCCUUUUAGGCUAUGCCUGAUCUGGUGACCUGGGGGAGUGCAGGGCAGGUGGGCAAGGGACAUUAGAUUAUUUGUAUGCCAAAUGAGUUUGCUGUGCAGCUGUUUUAAUUGUGGAGCAACCAAUUCAAGUGGCCUCUUCCUAUCCACAGCUCCACAAAGGGCAAAGGGACAGGAAACAUUUCUGUCCUGGGAUUCAGAAGAGCAUCACCCUCUCUGCCCGAGAAUCUUAAGGUAAGAGCCCUAUGUGUGGCUUGAUGGGAUGGGUUGCAGUAGCUAAUAUUUAUCCUCCCCCAACUUGUUCCCACUAAAAGACGCAUGCCCUCUUUCAGCCUUCAUAAAGCAUGCUUAAAUGGGGUGAAGGUGGGGGGUGGGAACAAUGGUAGAGAAGGGUAACACCUCUGCUUCCUUCCUGUAGCUAAGCCAUCUCCCAGUAAGACCAAGUACUACUUGGGCCUGCCUACUCUUUAUGAGGUACUUGCAUCUUCCACCUCCUCUUCUUUCAUUAGCAGCGAGGUGGAGGGGUAUCCUGAGCUCCUGGGUCUCUACCCUACUUGUUGGGGGUGGCCUUGCAGUCUGGAAAAGAAGCAGUUGGCACCCCCUCUCCGCAAGGCAGCGGUGUUUGGGUUGGCUCUGGUUAAAUCCAAGCCUCCCUUUCACAACCAAGGGUUCUUUUCAGUGCCAUACCCCGUACUUGCUGCCACCGGUCAGAGCCCCACCAGAAAAGGAACACUCCCCACUCAGGUGUGGGAGUGUCACAAUAUAAAUAAGUUCUUUCUUCCUUAAAAAAAAAAAAAGAUUAAUAUUAUUAUUAUUCUUUAAUAACAAAGAGGAUCAGAGAAGUAUCCGCAUAUUCCCAGCCCCGUUCAGUUCAUUAAUGCUUCUCUUUCUCUUUUAUUUUAUUUAAAAAACUGACAAUAAAUACCCCAUUUCCCAACCAACCCAAGCUGCCUGAGACCCCCAUUUCUCCUGUUCAUUUGAUGUUGGAGAAGAGAGGAGAGAGAAAAAUAGAAGUAUGACUGAUGCCCUCCCCCAACCCCAAUUAUGCCUAAUGGCGAAUAACUUCGCUUUUGUGGCUUAAAGGAACCAAAUCCUCAUUUUUGUAAAUAAUAUAUUAUUAUCACCCCCUAAUAUUCACCAUCGGAUGCUAGCUGCCCCCUCUCCCUGAGAAUGGGAGGAGUGUUAAAGGACAAAAUGAAAACAGGAAAAUAAAAUAGAAGUUAAAGAGGAAAAGAAACAACCCCACUCCCCCCCUCCAAACCAACAAGGGGAGAUUUUGGGGGAAGUGGCAGGGGAGACAUUUGCCCUUAUGGUUAGCACAUCCAUCCAGGAGAAGGAGGGUCACUUCUCCAUGGCCCAACCCAUCUGCAUAUUAGUAAAAAGAUUUGCCGUCUGCCACCCUGUAAACAUGUGCGUCCCAACAGAUGGGUCCCUCCGCCUCCCCCUGCCCUUCCCAUGGGCACAAGGCUUCUUUCCUUUUUAUUUUUUGCAUGGUCCAAGGAUUAAGCGGCUUCCUCGUUAUCUUGUGCACUUCCUGGGGUGGGGUUGGGUGUGUGUGUUUCUCUUUGCUGCUUGUCGUUCCAGCGUUUGUUCGCGCCUCACAAAGCGGGGUCCUCUCAUUUAAUUCAGUUUCUUAUUUUUUUAAAAGAUCAAAAAACCCUGCUGCUGCUGUCUAUAA